AUGGGGUUGCCAUUGACAAAGUAUGCUUUGACUCAAUUAUCCGAUGAUUUGAUUAUCAUUAACUUUGCCAAAAACCACAGUGGCGGGCCAGCUGGCUUAGUAUAUGGCUAUAUUGCGGUUUGGUUAGGAUUCACCAGUAUCUUCAUCGCACUGGGAGAGUUGACAAGCAUGAUCCCUUCGGCCGGUGGGCAGUAUCAUUGGACCAGUAUGCUUGCUCCAAAGUCUUCAACGCGCUUUUUUAGCCAUGUCACUGGGUCCAUUUGCAUAAUCGCAUGGACGGCAGCUUCAACUAGCACGGUAUACACAGCUGCAAGCAUUUUUCAGAGCACUGUCGCAUUAAAUCAUCCUAAUUAUGACCCCAAAGGGUGGCAUGUAACGCUGAUAAUGUGGGGAAUUCUGCUAUUAUGCUCGUUGUUUAGCAUGUGGCUUGGAAUGAUUCUCCCUAUACUCGAAGUACUGAUCGGCAUCACACAUGUUCUUGGAUUUUUCGCAUUUCUCAUCCCGGUUAUCUAUCUUGGCCCACGCGCAGAUGCAAGAUCGGUAUUUGUUCAAACCUAUAAUUUUGGUGGAUGGCCUGAUGUCACAUUAGCAACAUUUGUUGGUCUAAAAGGAACUAUAGCCAUGUUUCUAGGUACUGAUGGUGUGGUACAUAUGGCUGAAGAGGUAGCAAAUAGUAGUCUCGUGGUACCACAGUCUAUGCUAUUUGCCAUUGUCAUCAACGGAAUCCUCGGGUUCGCCAUGUUGAUUGCUUUCCUAUUCACUGCUGGAGAUCUUUCCGCGAUUGUAAAGUCACAAGCUACUUACCCCUUCAUGCAAAUAUUGGAGAACUCUACCAGGAGCAAGGGAGCUGCUGUUAUUCUGUCCUCUAUGAUGGCUGUGAUGUCAGUAUUUUGUGGAUUGGGUGGAAUCUCGUCUGGAAGUCGCAUGUUGUGGGCAUUUGCGCGCGAACGAGCUAUUCCAGGCUGGCAAUGGAUACACAAGCUCGAUCAACGAACAGCGGUACCAUUUCAUAGUACUGCUAUCAUCAUAACCGCAGCAGGUCUGAUUGGCCUCAUCAAUAUUGGCUCUUCAGAGGUAUUGAACAUAGUUUUGUCUUUGACUAUGGAGGCCUUUUUCUUUUCAUAUAUUAUCCCGCUCUCGUUUCUUUUGUAUCGAAGAUUGAAAGGAGACAUAAGUGAGCCAGGGCACGGGUCGAAAAAUGGCCUCAUUUGGGGUCCUUUCCGACUCAAGGGUCUUUUUGGGAUACUUAACAAUAUCUUUGCCCUUGUAUUUGCUAGCGUUGCCGCAUUAUUUGGAUUCUGGCCUUCACAAAACCACCCACAUCUCUCGAAUAUGAAUUGGAGUUCAGCCAUAUUUGGUGGAACAUUAAUUUUGGCUGUGAUUUAUUACUUUGGCUGGGGACGAAAACAUUAUAUGGGGCCAGUUAUGGAAAUUCAAGCUCCUGCUCAAGUUUUGGAACCUAGAUCGAAUGCACCUGAUAUCUAUAGAGACUGA